UGUGACAGUGCCCUGUGUCCCACUGUGUGUGGGCUUUGUGCCUUCCCUGCACAUCCGUGUGCCUGCACAGCCAUGAGUCAGGUCAGAAUGCUGCUGGGUUGUACCCAGCUGAGAUAAGGCACCGUUGGGCAGAGAAAGCCCUUGGAAUUAAACUGUCACAGGUAGAUAAUUCUCUGAAGCGCCAGCCCCCCCCAAAAAACUGCACAUUGUACCCCUUAUAGCUGCGUCCUUGGCAGCGCUGGCUUAUCCUGCAGCCUCACCCUGCCUGGUGUGAGGGCACCAGAGGGGAACGUUCCCUGUAAAAACACAUUCCAGAUGCUGGAAAUCCUAAAGCUGCAUUUUUAUGCUGGUUAACUGCUGGAUUAGAGAUGCUUCACUAUCUUUGCACUUCGUAAAAGUGCCUUUAUUGCCGUGCAGGAAAAUCACACAGAGGUGUCGAGUCUUAUAAUGAGCUAAAGAAAAUGGAGCACAAGAAAGCCUGAGGCUGAGGGAAAUUAAAUAUUGUAGUAGCCAGCAAAGGCUGAUGUUGAAUACAGCAGGGUGCUCUUUGGGGACAAAACGUUUUCUGAAAGGUCAUAAUUAGCCCGGUGGGAGGCAGAAGUGGGGUUUAAAGCAAACCCCCUGCCCGGAGCCCUGAGCUCUUGCCCUAUUCCUAUUCAACCAAACCAAAGCUGUGAGGGAGAGCUGGCGGUGGGAGACCAGCCUAAACCCCUCCUUGUGAGAAAGAGCUCAGAACUUGUCAGGAGGAGUUUAGGACCUGUCCCCUGCCUCGCCCUCCUUCCCUUGUGGGCACAGAGGCAGCACAAAGCAGAUUUCCUCGUCUGGAGCCCGGGCAAUGAGCCGAGGGCUGAGAGCCUGCAUCCCCCAUCCCGGCAGGACCCCUGGCCAGCGACUGGGUGCCAGGAGCCACGCUGGCCCCGUGUCCCCGAGGAGGCACAGCUGGGGACGCUGGGGCUGCAGGCAGCAGUGCUCAGGCAUCCGUGAGCACAAGCUCUGUUCAGGUGCUGGUGUAAUUUUUUCCUGGAUAAGCAGAUUUAAACUUGCACUGUGCCAUACAUGUUCAAAUUAAACUCAGAGCUGAUGUUAAAAGUGCUGCAGCUCUGUCGUGUACCCUGCCUGAUUUUUCAUUUUGUCUUGCUUUAAAGAGCAUCCCCAAGGCUAUGAGGUUUCUAGGAAGCAGGAGUUUCUUCGGGAAUCCAAGCUUGUUACCAGUUUAUCAAAUACUCAGUACACUCUUUAAAUAUUUCACGGUUUGGAAGGGGCCUGUAUGGCUAAUGGGGACAGAGAGUUUGGGGACACAUAAAGCCAGUGUUCCCCUUCAACAGCCCACGCAGGAGCACUCACACAGAGAGGAACUGCUGAUGGAGCAGGGGGGAAAAACCACCAGCACAGACCUGGCUCACAGGCAUCCAUCAGCCAGAAAUGGAGAACGACCCUCAGGAGCAAAAUCCCUCCACUGUAAGGCCUCACACUCCUUGUGCUUUACAGGUAAAAUUGCAAGCGUGAUAAAUGUAAAUUUUUUGGUGGCUUGCAACACGCUGAUGAACCCAGAAGGCAGCCAGGCCAGCCUUUCCCUGCCCUGUUUAGAGCAGCUCGGCAGGAGCCUUCUGAGCUCUGCAGAGUGUGAAAUCACUGGUUCAGGCAGCUGAGGGUGCCAAGGCAGAGCAGAACCACCGCAGAUCAGAACUUGUUUGCGAUGCAUUCAAGUGCUAAUAACCAUUAGCAGCGCAGGGCACAUUCCAGGGCGUGAGCUUUCAGAGCACCUUGAAAGCACUUCCUGCAUGCUCAGGGACUUCUCUUUCCCCCCAGUGCCUCCCAGAACACCUGAAGAUGUGCCUGGGUGGCUGCGCUGGCACCUCCCUCACCCGCUCCAUCCGACACUUCAGCAAGUGCCAGCCUGUUCGUGUUCUCAGCAGGUUCCUUUGGGAGGGCAGCUCUGCAUCUCAGGGAGCCAGGCUUUGCACCUCACUUCAGUCCAGCGGGGACCUCCAGAGGGAAGCCACUGGAUGCAGACGUGAGCACUCUGUCACUCAGAUUUCUGCUCUUCAUCCACCCUGCAGAUCCUGGUGUUUUUAAGGAACAUCCAUUGGAAAGGUACAACACAGACAUGCUGAUGGCAGCGCUCCUGCUCCGCCUGCUCCUGGUGGCCCUCAGCCACUGCCACGAGGUGCCCUGGACAUACACAGGAGAAGGAGAGCUGGAUGAAGAGCACUGGGGACAGCACUUCCCAGACUGUGCUGGCAAUCAGCAAUCCCCGAUUGACAUCCAGAGGAGGAAGGUGAGGUACAACCCCCUGCUGCAGCUGGAGCUCGGUGGCUACGAUGGGCCCCUGCAGGGCCAGCUCAGGAUGACCAACAACGGCCACUCUGUUCAGAUCGAUUUGCCACCCACCAUGAACAUCUCCAGAGGGCUCCCAGGUGUCUACACAGCUGUCCAGAUGCACCUGCACUGGGGAGGGCUGGACCUGGAGACCAGUGGCUCGGAGCACACCAUCGACGGGAUGCGCUACUUCGCCGAGCUGCACAUUGUGCACUACAACUCUGCUAACUACUCCAGCUUUGAAGAAGCCAAAGACAAGCCCCAGGGGCUGGCUGUGCUGGCCUUCCUGUACACGGACGGGCACUUUGAGAACACCUACUACAGCGAAUUCAUUUCCAAACUGGCAAGGAUCAGGUUUGCAGGUCAGUCAACCACGCUCAGCUCUCUGGACAUCCAAGCCAUGCUGCCAGAAGACCUCUCCCACUUCUACAGGUACCAGGGCUCGCUGACCACCCCCCCGUGCUCCGAGAGCGUGAUCUGGACCAUCUUCCACUCCCCAAUUGUCCUGUCACACACUCAGGUCCAGCUCCUGGAGAACACCCUGCUGGACUGGCACAACCGCACCCUGCGCAACGACUACCGGCACGCGCAGCCGCUGCAGGGCCGCGUGGUGGAGGCCUCCUUCCGAGCCCAGCGGGGCCAGGCACAGUGUCAUCCAGAGGAAUUCACCCUCAGGCUGGAUCAAAUCCAGAUGCAGCUCCAGGACAUGAAGACAGAGUUGCUGAAUGGACUGAGCCACACAGGUACAAAAUCCAGCACCUUUCCAGCUUUCUACUUCCCCGUGGAAAACAUUGAGAGCUUUGUGGAGGUUCAUCCCCUCCGUGCUGUGUCUCUGCAAGCCUUCACGCUGUGUUUCUGGAGCAGAGCCCAGCCCGUCGGCAGCCAGACCAUCCUGUCCUACUCCACUGGGGAGAGCGACCACGAGCUGGUGGUGACCGUGGGCACAGAGCUGGGGCUGUGGGUAGGAGGCCACUUCCUCAGCUUCCCCCUGCAGCACGAGGCUCGGGGCUGGCUGCACCACUGCGUGACCUGGGCCUCCGCGGAGGGAACGGCCAGCCUCUGGCUCAACGGGGCAGCUGGCAAAGCAAAGAGUGUCCAGAAGGGCUACGUGAGCCGGGCCGGGGGGACGCUGGUCCUCGGCAAGGACAGGGACGCUCUGCUUGGCACCUUCUCCAAUGGCUUUGCGGGCUGGAUGAGCCAGGUGAACCUGUGGAGCCGAGUCCUCAGCGCCACGGAGGUUCGGGCGCUGGCGCUGUGCAAAGCAGGGCGGCCCACGGGGGACGUCGUAGCCUGGGGACAAACCCCCAUGGCCCUCCUCGGGGGGGUGCUUCUGCAGCCCGACACCAGCUGCCAGUGAGCACAGCCUCCUCUGAAGGCGUCCAGAGAGUCCAAACUGCUUCUUGGGAAAACUGAGAAAAACUGGGGUGGAUUGCUUGUUCCUCCUCCUGAUUUGUAAAGGCUUACUGUGCUCCAGGGUGCUUUUCCAAGAGACCAAGCCUUCAUCUGUGAGAUAAAAGCAAUGAACUGCAGAAUCUGGCACAAUCCAGCACCCUGGGUUGUUACGUCCCUCCCAGGGGGUUGAUUUAGAUCCCCACA